UGAUUAACACAAAACUACCCCCUAAAAAGGCUCAGCUUCAGGGAAUGAGCUGAGUCAUUCAAACAGCAAGAGCGCACACUCUGCACUCUGCUACUCACUCUCAAAACAGACAAAAUUCACAUAGAUAAGGAAAAACCCAUUGCUAGAGGAGAGAGAAAGAGAGAAAAACUCCAUUAAAAAUGGCGAAUUUGAGAACAGCAAUGGAUGCAUUGUUCUGGGACUUAGACAUAGCUAGCACCCAGAACCUAGAUGGGUGCGCAAAGGCUAUUCCCGGUGACCCUUUUCCUCUUGACGGUUCUCGAGCUGGUAAAGCCCUUCGUGUUCAGCAGCUUUCCUUUGUUGGCAAUGGCUUCCCUCUUGGAAUUAUCCCUUCUCUCUCUCCUACCCCUUUUCAGAAGGACCUUGGUUCUUUCUCUCUUCAAUCCCUUCUUCUUCGUCCUUCUUUUGGUGACUGGUGGCUUGGAUUAGCUGGCCAGAUGCGUCCGAAUAAGUUGUUGUCUAACAUCAAAAGGGAGAUCUUCAGCGCAUUCACCGGUGAUGAAGCGGAAAUUCCAUCCGUGAAGAAUGUGACAAGACAUGUCUUUGACCAGUCACUCUAUGCCCUGGCUUUAUGUACCCAUAUCCCCAUCACAUCCAAUUCUUCCUUAUAUCUAAGUUCAGAAGGCCAUGGUGAGAGGAAAGGACGCCGCAAUAAACUCCUGCUAUUUCACAAGCUUCCCUAUCACGACAUUACAUUGAACGCAGCAUGGCCAGAGCUGUUUAUUGACAGUAAAGGAAGAUAUUGGAAUGUUCCUGAGUCAAUCUCUCUGGAUUGUUCGUCUAUCAUAUCUGACUCAGGAUUACGGUAUCGUUUUGGGGUACACAAGAAUGGUGGCAAACCUCAAGCUGUUGUUAACUCAAUAGAUAGUGAUGCACCUGCUGCUUUGCUGCCUGGUGUAUGUGCAAAAGCUGCCUUUUCAGUUCAAAAGAGCAAGGAUCUAUGGAGGCAAGAGGAGACAGAUAAUGAUCUUAUCAUAAAAACCGAGAGGGGGAAAUUCUGGAGGCCUGCAUAUGAUGUGCGCCUCAAAGAACCUCAUUCAUCAAUUUCAACUAUUAUAGGUGGCACCUUUGGCGCUUGGCUUCAUGGCGAAGACAAGAUAUCAAAUCCUGCAUCAGGAGAUGGUGAUAGCAUCCCUUCAAGUUCCAAGAAAAGGAGUCCUGUCUUUGCUGAUUUGUUUGGCUCAUUGUGCUACACUUUCCAGCACGGAAAAUUCAGAAAGCCAUAUGGGGAUAUGACUAGGGUAGAUGCUCGUUUGGAUAUCAGUUCAGCUUCUGCUUUUGCUAAAAACAUCUCACGUGUAUUUAGCCAUAGCUCAAUUGCUCACCAGGAUAACUCGGCAUCCCUUCCUAGACUCAGUCUGAUCUUCCAGCAGCAGGUUGCAGGACCAAUUGUCUUCCGCGCUGAUACAAAGUGUGUAGUCGACUCACCAUGGAAAAAUGGCUUGCAAAUUGAGGAUUUCAUUUACAGCUUGAGCUAUUCAUUGCGGCUCUUACGUUCGGGUAAAGUUGUGGCAUGGUACUCACCGAAGAGGAAAGAGGGAAUGAUUGAGCUGAGAGUGUACGAAUUUUAAUUCCAUUUCCAAGGAUCUUGUAUUACCUUACCUUCAAUUAUCUGAGAGGAUAGAAAUUUCGGAAAUUUGUCCAAAAGCAUUUUAGAUGCUGUUAGGUUAGCCAUGUACAAAAUCUUGGUUGAUCAAGUAUUUUGUUAGUUUAUGGCAUUGAUGCCAGAGCGUUGUUACUCUAAACUAGUUUUAUUAGAGCCCCUAUUUUUGGUCUCACACUUUACUAAGAGUAAAUUUUUGAAGCAGACACAAAUUUAUGGCUUAUGCAUUCAAAUUACAGGAGGUUAUAGAAACAAAGCGGUUACUUAUUAUUGAUGAUCGGCUAGUAUCCGAUGUAUCGGAGGUUUAUAGAAACAGAGUAAGUCGAUAAUUAACAGGUGCAUGAAGAAGAAAAGGAAAUGCAAAUAUAGAUCAGAAAGUAAGCUUCAAGGGCAUCAAAACUUCAUCCUUCCAUGGAAGUAGAUCUUAUAUACAAAUUUGUAUCUUACAUUGUAUUUAUUUAUGAAUUACUUUCUCCGUUCU